AUGUAAUAAAAGUUGUGUUGUGUUCUAGUGUUUUGAUCUUUGACACUUUAUUGUCAAGUGCCGCGCCUAUUUGUCACCUUACAUUUUUAUUAUUCUUUGUUAUUAUUAUCAAUUAGUGGGUGAUUGUUAAGAGAAUAGAAAAAAAUAUAUUUAUAUAUAUAGAUAUGUAAUAAUGAGUCAAAUAAAGAAAAGUGUUAAGCAAAAUAACCUAUAAUUCAAUGACGAAAUACAGUGACUUAAAUUCGAUUUAUUUAUCGAUUGAGAUGCAGCGAGGUCAGCUGAAGGACCUCUCGUCCUGGAUGGCUCGAUUAUUACCGGAGCCAUUUGAUAGUUUAAAUAAAACGGAUACAUUAAAAAUGUUCAAUUCAAAAUCAUCGACAUCCACUAGUACAUUUUAUACAGACUUGGAAGAGGAAGAAGAAGUUACUGACAACAAUGAAGACAGAAGUAAUAAUAUACAAGAACAAGAACAUGAAUUAAAUAAGAGUAAUCACAAUAACUUGAGAGAUUCACAGUCAUUGGAGAGACAAAGUGCAAUAAGUGAUGAUGGAAACUCUCAAGAUUCUGACUCAGUUAUGGGUUCAGAUGAGCAUCAGCAUCAACAGUCACAAUUACAAUCACAACCGUCACAACAACAAAAACAAUCAUUUACUAGUAAUUCAUUCCCGCGAUUUAGUUUUAGUGGAUUUCCAAGGUUUCAAUCUUUUAUUAUGUCUACGUCGGGUUCCUCGGAACCCAAUAACAGUAUUACUACUCAACAAACUACUUCUAUUGUUCAAAUGACCCACAGUGUUUUGGAGUACAGGAGUAGCAGGUAUGUAACGACAAAGAGAAGUUCAAAUCAGUAUACAGUUGAGUCAUAUCCAGUAAGUGAAUCAGAGAGUGAGGAAGAGUCUGAAACCCGUUCAUCUGAAACCGAAUUUACCAUAACGUCAGACGAGCCUGAAGAAAAUAAUAUACCGUCCGAAAAAAUAAUAACAGUAACAAAAGACACAAGUGACGUGAAACGCAAACGCGCUAAAAAAGUCGCUGACGAAUUAUUAGCUACGGAAAAAACAUACGUUAAUAUAUUACAUUUAAUAGAUCAAGUAUUUCAAUUUAGAGUUGAUCAAGAGAAUCGCGCCCAUCCAAUGUUUCCUCCUGACACUGUACAACACAUAUUCUCUAACAUAAAAUCUAUUUAUAAAUUUCAUAAUGAUUUUUUAUUGCCACAAUUAGAAGAUAGAAUGAAAAUAUGGGAUCAAGAUUCACGCAUUGGUGAUAUUAUGAAAAAUUUUGCCCCAUUUUUAAAAAUGUACACCGAGUAUGUGAAAAAUUUUGACUACGCUAUGAAUUUAAUUCAUACGUUGCAACAAAAAGUACCAAGAUUUUCUGCUAUUGUUAAUGAAAUACAAAAACUUGAUAUCUGUGCCAAAUUAUCACUUACACAUCAUAUGCUUUGUCCGAUACAAAGGUUACCUAGGUAUGAAUUAUUACUCAAGGACUAUUUAAAAAAUCUGACCGAUGAUAAUCCAGAUUUUUUGGAUACUAAAAAGGCACUAGAAUUAGUUUCAACAGCAGCAAAUCAUAGCAAUGAAGAGAUGAAAAAAAUAGCUAAAUUUAAAAAAUUAUUAGAAAUACAAGAGAAUAUUUACGAUCCCUUGGAUCUAGUCAGUGCAACGAGAGAGUUAAUUAAGGAAGGCCGUAUUGUUAAAAUUUCAGCGAGAAGUGGGGAUCAUCAAGAUAGAUACUUAUUUCUAUUUAGCGAUAUUUUACUACUGUGUUCUAUAAGACUGAUACCUGGACCCUUGUAUCGACUGAGAGCAAAAUUUUUGAUAGAAAAUUUAGAUGUUAUUGAAGGUGAUAAUUUGGAAACAGCGAAUACAUUUUACCUAAGAGAUUCAAUUAAAAGUGUUGAAUUAUAUACACAUUCAGCAGCCGAAAAAACUGCUUGGCUUGACGCUUUAUGUCAAACAAUGCAAGAAAUAAUGAGGCGAAAAGCCAGCCUAAAAAUAGGAAACGAAAAAAGUUGCCUUGUUAAAGCUGAUGAUGUGACAAGAUGUAUGGUUUGUGAGGCUAUAUUCUCAGUUAUGAAGAGAAAACACAAUUGUCGUGCUUGUGGUAUUGUAGUAUGCAGUAAAUGUUCAAAUCAAAAAUUAUUAUUUGAAGAUAAUAAAAAUAUGCGUGUAUGUCGAUUGUGUCAUGCUGCACUAACUCAACCACUGAGUAAAUCUCCAUCAUCACCACCAGGACCUGUCCCAAGUCUUCUUCAUGUGUCAGCCAAUGCCCCUUGUGUAUUAUCCGGUUAUUUAUUAUUAAAAACACAGGCCAGUAAACCCUGGACUAGACGAUGGUUUGCAUUACAUCCAGAUUUUGUUCUCUAUACCUUUAAAUCUGAUUCUGAAAGUCUUGCGUUGACGGCGACUCCAAUGCCUGGUUACACGUUAACUGAAGGUAAUGAACUACCAGACGAUGAUCCACUCAGUCAACGUGAUAGAAAAGGAUCAUUUAAAAUUUAUCAUUCCAGAAAAUGUUAUUAUCUUCAAGCUUCAAGUUAUGAAGACAAAGAAAGGUGGACACAUGCACUAAGUUUAGCUACGAAGGCAGAGCUACCUCACCCAGUGACUGAAGAAGACGACAAAGAGACCCAACAAAGUCAAUAAUUAGCUAAUUUAAAUUUAAAUAAUAAGAUAAAUGAGUGAUAGUAAUCACGCACAACUUUUUGUACCUUUUUCAUAUUUAUCAAAUGAAAAAAAAAAAAAGAUUUUCUAGUGAAUUAUUUAAAUUAAUUAUAAAAAAAACUAAAAGAGAAAUUAAUGAAAUAAGAUAAUUAAUUUUUUUUCUUAAACAUAAUCAGCAUUAGUAAGUAUUAGCGUAUUGUAUAAGCAAUGUUAAUAAUACAUAAUUAAAUUAUGUUAUUGUAAUUUGUAAAUCAUGAUAAAAAAAACUUGUUGUAUUGUAUUGAUAUAUUAUUAUUAAUUAUUAUUAUUAUAUCAAGUCAAUUAAUUGACUACCGCAACUGAAGCGCUUGUUAUUUUGUAAUAUUGUGUUAUAGUAUAUUUAAAAAUAUAUAUAUUUAAGUGUUUAAAUAUAUCAGGCAUUAAAUGUCGCCAUUGUGUAUUUACACAGAAGAAUAAAGAGAACAAAAAUUAUGUCAA